AUGCCGAGCAGCCGGAGGGCCAACGGCCAUGGGCAGGACAGCAUGGGGAAGGUGGAGGAGGGCCGCAGCAAUGGGCACCGGCGGGUCAAGUCCGGGGGUGGCUUCACGCAAAGGCUUGGCAAGAUGCAGGAGGCGCUGGGCAUGGCCCACUCCACGCCCGCAUCAGGUACAGACAAGAGGCGGAGCGGGAAGCAUGGCGCAUACGAUCCCCGCUUCGUGCAGAGGGGAGAAAAAAUCAAUCCACAAACCAAGGAGAGCUUCUCGUCAAGCUUCCUCAUCCGGGGGGUUGUGGUUCUGAACGUCGCAUCAGGAUUUACUUAUAUGGUAUGGCGGUUCCUUAAGACGCAAGACGUGCCUCCAGAGUACAAGUGGUGGUGGUGGGUGUUUUUCAUGGUGGAGGUGUUCCUGCUCUUCGCCAUCUGGCUGGGACACUCGCAACGACUGUUCGCGGUGCAGCGCAUUCGGACAACAAUGGACCAAAUCGUGUCGAUCGACCCAGCUGUGGGAGCGAACGCGGUGGUGGCCAUUCUCCUCCCCACGGCGGGAGAGCGGCUCGACGUCGUGCUCAAGUGCCUCUUGGGAGCAUCGAGUCAACGCUCUUGGCCAUCCAGCUCGGCGGCGAAGAUGGGGCGAGGAGACGGGCUUCGAGUCAUCGUGUUGGACGAGAAGCGCAGGAAGGAGGUGUACAUGCUCACGUCGGGGGUGCACGCGCUGAGCACUCAGAUCCUCGCGCCGUCGACAAGAAAGAUCCUGCAGGCUGAGGGCGUCCGCAACCUUACGCCCCUGGCGUUCUACGAGUGGUGCCACGAGAAGCGCGGCUUCGGCAAAGUGCACAUCUUCAAGGACGUCGGGCUAAGCCGUGCGGUGGCCAUGGUGCGUCAGAUGGAUGACCUCGUCACGGGAGACGAUGGCGGAGACCUCUACCGUCUGGACCGGAAUCAGUCGUUCCUGAACCAAGGUCUGGACGAGGACAUCUCCAAGUCGAAGGAGGGGGACGAGGUCGAAGAACUCACGCACGGCGUCAGCCUGCUUGCGGACGAGAGCGUGCACAUCACCCCGGGCUUCUUCCAGGUCUUCCGAGGGCAGGCCAAGCAGGCGGCGUGCAUGAUCUACUACUCGAGGAAGGACGCCGGUACCCCCAGGAUCAGUCCCAAGGCAGGGAACAUGAACGCGGCCAUGUUCCCCAUAGACGACCCCACCUCUCCGCCCUUGAUCGGGCCCAGCACCAUCGUCGUGGUGAACGACGCGAGGCACCAGCUGCAACCGGAGUUCCUGCAAAGGACAACCCCCUACUUCUUCGACGUUGAUGCCAUCACCCAACAGUACAAGUGGGCCAAGGUGGCAUUCGUGCAAACGCCACAACGGUUCAGGAAAGAUCUACCCGACGACCCACUGGGCAACCACGCUGCUUCACAGUACGACGUCAUCAACAUCGGGAAGGACGGGAUCGGCGCAGUGUCUUCGAGUGGACAGGGCAGCCUGUGGCGUGUGGAGGCCUUGAAGGGAAGGUCUCCCGAUGGCAAGACCGGUGUCGAUCCCAAGGAUCUGGGGCUGGUGGGGAAGAAGCUGGGCUUCCGAGCGGAGAUGCUUAUCGAGGACACGCACACCUCCAUCGAGCUGUUCCGACAGGGGUGGCGCAGCGUGUACGUGAACGAGCCGGGAGAGGUAUUGGCCUGGUGCACGCACCAGCCGACCAACCUCACGUGGCGCAUCAAGCAGGUCCUGCGGUGGCACCAAGGCGCCGUUCAGCUCCUCUACACCAAGGGCCUCCGUUACACGAGCUUCGGAGGAUCGUUCCCCACCGUCUUCCACCGGAUGUACGCCUUCGACCAAGCCACCUACUACUUGCAGGCCAUCCCCGGAUACGUCCUUCUGCUGAUGCCUGUGGUGUACGGGGUGACGGGACAGCCGCCGUUCAACACCGACAUCACCUCCUACUUCUCCUACUUCGUGCCCUUCAUCGUGACGGCGGUUCUCCCCACCGUCAUCUCCGCACAGUGGAGGUCGAUCGACUCUCACCGCCUUACGCGUGACGAGCAGACUUGGCUCUCGACUACCUACGUGCAGAUCUACGCCUUCCUUCAGGUGUCCUGGACCAGGCUUAUCCGAGGCAACCCCGACCACGCCUGGGUGGCUAGGGUGCCGACCUGGCCGCUCACCCUCGUCUUCGCCGCACAAUUCGUUGCCAUCGCCGGAGCAGUCUACUGGACGCUGCACAACGGGUUCGACACGUACUACAAGAACACGCUGUCCAUUUGUGCCGGCGCAUUCUUGGGCAUGUUUUACCUGUGGCCCAUGAUGGCGCUGCAGGUGGGGUUGGGCAGGCCGUCUUUCUGGUUCUUUAAGCUGGGCGCGUACGUUGUGCUUGGCGUCUCCAUGGUGAUCUUGGGAAGCAUCCCCGGCCUCGACCUGCAGAUCGGGUGAUGGGGGAAGACGUAUUUUGAAGUUGGGGGGGGAGCGGUGUUAUUUUGCGGAUCUGACGAAGGGGAAGAAAGUUUGGAUGAUCGAUGAUGGUAGUAGUGGGGGUGAGGGACUACGCCAAUGGGAAGAUAUGGGUACUGUAGGUGAUUGUGCGGACGGAGGGGGGGGG